CGGGUGAAAGGUACCUAGGCUAAAUCAUAACCCGGGGCACUGGAGCUGGCAGCUCGCUACAUCAGAAAGAUGAAUAUUAAUAAAAUAAUCGCCCUGUCCCGGUCUGCUAACAUCGGCAAACAUUUACUGCUCUGCGGUGUGAGGCAGACUGGCAGAGCCGAUCAGCUGCCACAGCGACGCUCCUUCAAAACCCAUGCAAGGAGCCUGGCGUAUGCUAAGGAUUUGUUCCUGGGCCAGGUGAACAAGGCAGAGGUCUUCCCUUACCCAGAAAUUGGAAAUGAAGAACUGGAGGAGAUUAAUCAGUUUGUUGCCCCGGUGGAAAAAUUCUUCAAUGAGGAUGUUGACUCAAAAAAGAUUGACCAUGAAGCCAAAAUCCCUCCAGAGACUCUGGACGGUUUGAAACAGCUCGGGCUGUUUGGGAUCCAGGUUCCCGAGGAGUACGGGGGACUUGGACUGUCCAACACCAUGUACGCACGACUUGGUGAGAUCAUCUCGCUGGAUGGCUCUAUUGCUGUGACACUGGCUGCACAUCAAGCCAUCGGGCUGAAGGGGAUCCUGAUAGCAGGAAAUGAAGCCCAGAAGCAGAAGUAUCUUCCCAAGCUGGCCACAGGAGAGCAUAUCGCAGCUUUCUGUCUGACAGAGCCUGGAAGUGGAAGUGACGCUGCCUCCAUCCAGACUCGUGCAACCCUGUCGGAGGAUGGAAAGCAUUACCUGCUCAACGGCUCUAAGAUUUGGAUUUCCAAUGGAGGUAUGGCGGAUAUAAUGACGGUAUUUGCGAGGACUGAGGUGACCGACAAAAACGGCGUGAAGCAAGAUAAGAUUUCUGCGUUUAUCGUUGAGAGGGCUUAUGGGGGAAUCAUCAGUGGCAAGCCUGAGGACAAGCUGGGCAUCCGAGGCUCCAAUACUUGUGAAGUGGCCUUUGAUAACGUCCCAGUGCCGGUGGAGAAUGUAAUAGGAGAAGUUGGCGCCGGAUUCAAGGUUGCCAUGAACAUCCUCAACUCAGGGAGGUUCAGUAUGGGCAGCGCCGGGGCUGGAAUGAUCAAGAAACUGAUAGAAAUGACAUCAGAGUAUGCCGCAACCAGGAAGCAGUUCAACAGAAAACUGAGUGAAUUCGGUAUGAUUCAGGAGAAGUUUGCGGUGAUGGCCAUGAAUGCCUUUGUGAUGGAGAGUAUGGCUUAUCUGACCGCAGGGAUGAUGGACAGACCGGGAGUCCCAGACUGUUCUCUAGAAGCUGCCAUGGUCAAGGUGUUCAGCUCAGAGGGAGGCUGGAUCUGUGUCAGUGAGGCUCUCCAGGUCCUCGGAGGUCUGGGUUAUACAAAGAACUACCCGUACGAGCGCUACCUCAGGGACUGUCGCAUCCUGCUCAUCUUCGAGGGGACCAAUGAAAUCCUGAGGAUGUACAUUGCACUGACAGGAAUGCAGUAUGCCGGCAAAAUUCUGACAGGGAAAAUAAAGGAGAUGAAGAAAGGAAACGUGGGUCUUGCUUUGGGCAUGUUAGGGAAGAAACUGAAGACCUCUAUGGGAGGAACGGUGGACUUCGGCCUCACCGGCAAAGACGGGGUGGUGCAUCCCAGCUUGGCUGAUAGUGCAAAGAAGUUUGAGCAAAAUGUCUACCUCUUUGGAUCAACUGUGGAGAGCCUCCUUUAUAGAUAUGGAAAGACAAUAGUGGAUGAACAGCUUGUCCUGAAGAGAGUAGCAGAUGUGCUGAUCAACCUCUACGCCAUGACAGCCGUCCUGUCCCGAGCCAGCCGCUCCAUCAGCAUCGGCCUCAGGAACCACGACCACGAGGUGCUGCUAGCAAACACAUUUUGCAGCGAGGCUUUCUUCAAGAACAAUUAUUUGAUGACUCAGUUGCAAAAACAUUCUCCGGAGAACAACGAUGCCAACAUCAAGAAGAUUGCCAGGGAGGUCCUCGAGAAGAGGUCCUACAUCUGCUCUCACCCUCUCGAACGAACAUACUGAGCUCUCCGAUGCGACGCUAACACUCUAUCGCCUCCGAUUGGACAUGGAAAUGGACAAAACCACUCUGCGUCCUGUAUUUUUCAGUCCUCAUGGUUUGUCUCCGCUCUCGUAGUACGGGCAUUGCUUUGUUUCCUCAAAAGCAGCACUCACAAGAUAAUAAACAGAGGUUGUUGGAUACUGCGUGCUCAUUCUCUUCUAAUGUUUUAUAAAGCUCUAUCUGAAGUGCUCCUUAUCAGUAGUAUUACCAAGUGACUUCACACAAGACGUGACCUGGAGAAGGUUCAGAGAAGAGAGGGUUUAUUCCUUAUUAGGCUCUUGGACAUAUGAGGUGCAGGUUCUGACCUCUGCGAUGUUCCCGAGCGGGGACAUUGAGGGGUGGGACGGCUGCUGUGUGCAUCUUCACAUAAGGAGCGUGGCUCUGAAAAAUGUGGACACUACUCCUCCUCCUCUGUCAGGGGCAAGGCUGUCCACUUGUACUGGAACUAGUGCUCCUCACAGGAUUCUUUGUUUUAAAAAAAAAAUCAAAAAAAACAAUAAAACAUACCAUUGUAAUACAUCAUGACUG